AUGAGUCCUACUUCUGCUGCAGGGCCAGAUGGCAUGAGUGGUAAGUUCUUUCACUCAUGCUGGUAUAUCAUUUGUGAUGAUCUGCUGAAGCUGGUGCAGCACUUCUUCAAUGGUCACUAUAUUCCCAGGUACAUAUCACAUGCUUGUUUGGUUCUACUUCCUAAAACUGAACACCCCAACAAACUGUCAGAGUACAGGCCCAUCUCCCUCAGUAACUUCACUAGCAAGAUCAUAUCCAAGCUCCUUUGUCUCAGACUUGCUCCCAUUCUACCUCAGCUCAUUUCGGACAAUCAGUCAGAAUUUGUUAAAGGUAGGAGCAUCUCAGAAAAUAUAAUGCUGGCUCAGGAGAUUAUUCACAAUAUUAAGAGGCCCACAGUUGGGGACAAUGUAGUGAUUAAGCUGGUUAUGGCUAAGGCAUAUGACAGGGUCUCUUGGUCCUUCACUUGUAUGGUCAUGAGAAGGAUGAGAUUUAGAGAAGUUUUUAUUGAUAUGGUAUGGAGGAUCAUGUCUAACAACUGGUAUUCAGUCAUCAUCAAUGGGGUAAUACAUGGUGUUUUUCAUUCAACAAGAGGUCUCAAGCAAGGAGAUCCCUUAUCACCUGCCUUAUUCAUUAUAGGAGCAGAAGUGUUAUCCAGGAUGCUGAAUAAUCUUAACCAACACUACCUAUAUACUAGAUUCCAUAUGGAAAGAAAGGGUCCACAAGUGAACCAUUUGAGCUUUGCAGAUGAUGUGCUCAUCUUCACUGCUACAAACAACUUUUCCAUGACUCUUAUUUCCAAGACUUUGAAGGUUUAUGAAACAACUUCAGGCCAGCUGAUCAACAAGGACAAGAGCCAGUUCAUGCUUCCUCUUAAUACCAAUCCUGAUAUUAUUGAUAGGAUAGGCAGGAUCACAGGCUACAAGUGCACACAUGGUCCCAUUACUUACCUGGGCUGUCCAGUUUACAUUGGACGACAGAGAAUCAUAUACUAUAUAGCUUCUGGUGGGAUGAUUGGCUGGAAAAUCAGAAAAUAUGCCCCUCCUCAACUGGUGCAGCAGAUACUAAGUACUGAGGUAGACCAUCAUUCUAACACAGCUGAUCAAGCUUGCUGGAAGUUGACUUCACAUGGUAACUUCACUUCUAAAUCAGCUUGGGAAAUAGUUAGGAAGAAAAUAGCCAAGACCCUGAUUGAUAGAUGCACUUGGCACGCUAACAUUCCCUUCAAAGUAUCUUUCUUACUAUGGAGAGCUGUGAGACAGAAAAUCCACACUAAUGAUAAACUUGUCCAGUUUGGAGCAGCACCACUCAUGGGGGAUAAUACAAGGGACCUGCUCACUGAGAAGUAUACUGAUGAAGUGGUGGACUGCCAAGUCCAGUAUCAUGCAACUUUGAGCCAUAUGGUGGUGUUGCAGCACCUGAGCAACAGCACAUGGAGCAACUAUAGUACAUCAACAGCAGGUGGAGGCUCAUUCAACUCUAGGAGUUCCCUUCUUGUUGGUUUUAAUUUUGCAGGAACAAUGUUUAAGGACCAACAACCCACCAUAGACCUGCAUCAACUCAACAACAUCAAUAUCAAUUGCAAAAGCUCCAUUACAUCAGCAGAAGUGAAGGCCACUAAUCAUCAUCAGCAACAACCUAACAUCAACAACAGAAGUCAGAGGAAACCACCAACACUCAACAAAUACAUCAUGCAACACCAAAAGAACUAG